AUGUCACUUUCCAUCACAUCCAGCGUCUUUUUGAAAAGCGGUCAAAGAAUCCCGCAAAUCGGUUUUGGGACUUAUGAGAGCACGUCUGAAGAAGCUUAUACGUCCGUGAAGCAAGCUUUAGAAGCUGGCUACAGGCAUAUUGACACAGCAGAAUGGUACGAGAAUGAAGAGGCGUGCGGCAGUGCGAUCAACGACUUCAUGGCGCAAUCUGGUGUACCACGCGGGGAGAUUUUCUACACAACAAAAUUAAUGGCCAAUGAUGGUCUAGAGCAUUCCCGCAAAGCCAUUCGCGAGAGUGUGAGAUUAAGUGGAUUGGGUUAUUUAGACCUUUACUUGAUUCACGGCCCAUAUCCACACAAGGAAGGCAGAUUGGCUUCGUGGCAAGCUAUCGAGGAGGCGAUCGACGAGGGGCUCAUUAGAUCUGCUGGUGUAUCAAAUUAUGGAAUUCGCCAUCUAGUUGAACUCUCCUCAACUAAACACCCCGUCUCCGUUAAUCAGCUCGAUCUACACCCAUUCAUGCAGCGUAGAGAAGAUGUUGCUUACAACAAACAGAAAAACAUCUCUCUUGAAGCUUGGGGCCCGCUCGCGCGCGCUAUGAGAUUCAAUAACCCUAUCCUCAAACGCCUCAGCGAGAAACACGCUAAAUCUCCUGCUCAGGUGCUCCUCCGCUGGUCUGUCCAGAAGGGAUACAUCCCUCUCCCUAAAUCUGUCAAAAGAGAGCGCUUAGAGGCUAAUAAAAAUAUUUUCGACUUUGAGCUGUCUCAAGAUGACAUGGCCGAAUUGGACAGCUUGGACGAGUACCUCGUCACUGACUGGGACCCAAUUGGAGAUGCAUCUGUGUAA